AUGCUGUUCGAUAGUGUCGGGGUUCAAAGUUCGUUCCUCGCUGUCCACUUCGGUCACCACCCCGCUCCGCCUACGCAGUGCUUCUUUGUCACACUUUUCGCCAUCGGUUCUAUUUUCUUGGAACAGGGCUCAAGGUCGGGAAUUCUCUCGGCAGUAUGUUACGUGGGUUUCAGCAGUUCCUUCGCCGCUGUCUCGUCCCGUCUUCUGUCUGCAUCUCUAACUCCAACUUCAACUGCUUGGAUCUAUCUAUCUAUUUCCCUACCUAUCUAUGUCAUACAGUUAACAUGUAUCUUCUUUUUCACAUGUUCCUAUCCAUCUAUCUAUCUAUCUAUCUAUCUCAUUCUGUUCAGAUCUAUCUAUCUCCCUAGCUAUCUAUCUCAUUCAGUUCACAUCUAUCUUCUUUUUCACAUGUUCCUAUCUAUCUAUCUAUCUAUCUAUCUAUCUAUCUAUCUAUCUAUCUAUCUAUUAUGGGGACUUACCUAUAACGAUAAUAGACUCUUCCUGACACUAUAA